AUGCUGCGCGUGUGUUGGAGCCUCUCGGGUGCGGAGUUGACGACCUUCCCUUUGGCAAAGAUGCCGGAUGUUCGGACACUGAAACGGGCACUGCACGAGUGUCACGGGGCCCCUCCUCGAUUCCAGCAGGCCAUCUUCCACAAUGGUCGCAGUCUGACCGACGAAACCAAGCUCGAGGUCGAGGAGGUGGAGCUCUUGCUUGUUGCUUUCGUGCAGACGUCCGGGCAGCAGGCCUUCGAGCUCGCCCACGCGGCCGCCUGCGGCGAUGUCGUCGGAGUGGAGAGCCUCCUUCAGCGCCCCCAAGACCCAGACCACGUGUGUUACCAUGGCCUUUGUGAGUUUGGCGAGUUUACGGCACUCUGCAGAGCAGCAGCACACGGCCAGUUGGAAUGUUUGGACCUUUUGCUGGAGGCCGGGGCUGACAUAAACAGCAAUGUGCGGCUUUGCAAGACACCGCUGUCUCUUGCUGCAAACGCAGGCCACCUUCACGUCGUGCGUAGGCUCCUAGCUGGAGGUGCCGACGUCCACGCAAGAAAAGAAACCGUCUACCUACCUGGUAUGACAAUUCGGGGAACGGCUCUCUGCGGUGCUUGUCUAAGAGGCCGUGAGGAGAUUGCGCGUUCGUUGCUGGAGGCGGGUGCUGCGAGUGACUUGGUGGAGAUCCGCCGUGCCAUGUGGUGUUGCCGCUAUGGCAGACUACCGAAGACAUCGACGGUUGUGCGGCUGCUGCAGCAGAAGAGGCGCCAGAGGUUCGGGCCCUUUGCACGUAGAACGAACCUGGCUUGCAGGAGGCGUUGA